CAUUAGGGGCACAGCGCUUGUGUUGCUUUCCUGGCUCCAGCAGUAGUUGAGCUGAAGUUUGUCCUGAACUGAAGUUGCAGGAGAACAUACAUCCAGCGCAUGCGCGAUAAACGCACAUCAGCUCCAAAUAAGAGUUCGCUAAAGAGAAACGAGGCGGUAAGGAGAGCAGGGCAAGAUGGCUGACACCCCCCCCACUGAUGCCCCCCCCUCGGGGUCAGAUUUUGACAUGAUGGACGCGCUGGACUGGAAGGAUGGGAUUGCCACGCUCCCUGGCAGUGACAUCAGGUUCCGUAUGACUGAGUUUGGGACUCUGGAGAUUGUUACGGAGGUGGAGGCUGAUGCGUCCCAGCCCAGCACUGAGACCCCAACACCCCAAAAUCAGGAGUCCUCCGCCUCACACAGCCCCACCCCUCCCCCUGAGAGCGUGGAGCCUGACCUAUCACACGCCUGCAAGUCUGACCAAUCGCGCGCCUCUGGGCCUGACCAAUCACACGCCUGCGAACCUGAAGAUGGGUCCCUGGCCCCUGUGUUGGGGCCCCAGUGCUCUGUAGCCCUAAAGGAGGCCCCUAGUGUGGCCCCCGAUGAGGCUUCCAGUGUGGCCCCAGAAGAGGCCCCUAGUGUGGCCCCAGAAGAGGCGCCCAGUGUGGCCCUGGAAGAGGCCCCCAGUGUGGAGGUGGUGAGCUGUGGCUCCUGUGGAGUUUCGGGCUCCCAGGAGGUCUUCCUCCAGGGCAAGUUCUGCAGUUCGGCCUGUGUGCAGCCCAGCAGCGGCAGGUCCACUCCUGUCCCAGCUGUGGAGGGCGACAGGUUAGGUAAGCGUGUGAGGAAGAAGAGGAAGCUCUACAUGGACUCUGGUGAUGAAGAUGAUGAGAAUGUCGAGGAGGAAGAGGAAAAGGCCAAAGUGGGCAAAGGGCGGAGAGCAGCGAAACUGGCCCGGCUGGUGACGGCCCCUCCCCCUAAGAAGAAGGUGUGGAGCUGGCAGGUGUACCUGGAGGAAGAGCGGUCCAUCGCCGCACCUGUGAAGCUCUUCAGAGAGCACCAGUCGGUCCCUCAGAGCCGGAACAGCUUCAAGGUGGGCAUGAAGCUGGAGGGCCUGGACCCCUGCCACCCCGCCCUGUUCUGUGUGCUGAGCGUGGCCGAGGUGCAGGGGUACCGCGUGCGGCUGCACUUUGACGGCUACCCCGAGUGCUACGACUUCUGGCUGAACGCCGACUCCUGGGACAUGAAGCCCGCCGGGUGGUGCGAGAAGAACGGACACAAGCUGCUGCUGCCCAAGGGCUGCCGGGACGGUGAGUUCAGCUGGAACACGUACGUGAAGAACUGCCGCGGCCAGAUCGCCCCCAAACACCUCUUCAAGAGCCUGAACACGUCGGUGACCCCCUCCGGGUUUCGUGUGGGGAUGAAGUUGGAGGCGGUCGACAGGAAGAACCCGUCGCUCAUCUGCGUGGCGUCCAUCGCUGCUGCUGUCGACAGUCGGCUGCUCAUCCACUUCGACAACUGGGAGGACUCGUACGACUACUGGUGUGAUGCCAGCAGCCCUUACAUCCAUCCAGUGGGAUUUUGUGAAGAGGCUGAAUUAACCCUCACAACUCCAGCUGAAUACAAGCAUCCUAAGAGCUUCUCCUGGGAGAAAUACCUGGAGGAGACGGGAACACAGGCAGCUCCCGCCAGAGCGUUCAAACAGAGACCCCCCCACGGGUUCCAGGUAGGGAUGAAGGUGGAGGCGGUGGAUAAGAGGAACCCCAUGCUCAUCAGAGUGGCCAGCAUCACCCAGGUGGAGGAACACCGGCUAAAGAUCGGGUUUGACGGCUGGGGAAGGGAGUAUGAUUACUGCCUGGAUGCUGACAGCCCCGAGCUGCAUCCUGUGGGCUGGUGCCAGAAGACUGGGCACCCCCUCCAGAACCCCCAAGGCCCGGCGGGGGGGGGCUCCUGCUCCACGCUCCUGGGACAGGGCUGUCCCACCCCCGGCUGUAACGGAGUGGGACACGUUCGGGGCCCCCGCUACGGAACACACUACACGGCGGUGAGCUGUCCCUACUCUGAGAUGAACCUGAAUAAGGAGGGUCUGGUUCCCGACCGGCUGAGUGGAGAGAGGCCUGCUGCUGUUGCUGGGCCCCACCUCGCCCGAGGGCGUCGCCCCGACCUGCCCACCCCCACCCCCACGCCCACGCCCACGCCCACCCCCACCCCCACCCCCCCGGACCUGCCCGAAACUGUCGAGGACUCUCCCCAGUCCAGUGGGGGGGGCAGGAAGUCGGGGGCGGAAGGAGAGCGCUCAGGCCGGAGCAGCGUGUCAGAGCCGCACUGCCCAGAGGAGCGGCCAGGGGGCGCCAGAGAGCACAGCCACAACGGCACCAAGCCGCGGAAGUCAGGGCAGGUCCAAAAGUGUCUGAAGCUCCACCUUGUCAAACCAGAACCUGCAGAAGGAGCAGUCAGCCUGCAGCAGGCCCUCCAUGAGUCGGUGUUCUCCCCGAGUGGCAGCAGCAGCCCCCUGCAGCGUGUGCUGCUCUGCUGGGACAAACACUGCAGCCUGCUGCCCGGGGUGCUGGGGCUCAGCGCCCGCACCGUCAGCCAGUGGAGCCCAGAGGAGGUGGCCAGCUUUGUCCGAGGCCUGCCAGGAUGCAGAGAUCAUGCCGUGACCUUUAGAAACGAGCAGAUUGAUGGCGAGGCCUUCCUGCUGCUCACUCAAGCCGAUAUCGUCAAGAUCCUCAGCAUCAAACUCGGCCCCGCCCUCAAGAUAUACAACUCCAUCCUCAUGUUCAAGAGUGCUGACGAGGAGUGAACUGCGCUCUCAACCAAUCAGAACAGACCAGGAGCCACACCCCAGCUCCCUAAACCAAUCAGAACAGACCAGGAGCCACACCCCAGCUCCCUAAACCAAUCAGAACAGACCAGGUACCACAUCCCAGCUCCCUAAACCAGUCAGAACGGCCCAGGAGCCACACCCCAGCUCCCUAAACCAAUUAGAACAGACCAAGAGUCACACCCCAGAUCUAUAAGCCAAUAAGAACAGAGUAAGUCUUCCUUUUCAGGCUGGUGAGAUGCGCUAAAUACAGGCAUUUCUUAUGUGGAUAUGUGGAGUUUGAUGUAGAGGAGCUGGUGUGUGUGAGUGUGUGAGUGUGUGAGUGUGUGAGUGUGUGAGUGUGUGAGUGUGUGAGUGUGUGUGUGUGUGCAGAUGUCCCCUGGUGUUGGUGUGUGAAGUAGCUCACUCUCGGUGGGGUCUGAACAAGUGUCAUCAACACCUUUUACUGCGGUUAUUAUUAAUGAUACAUUUUUAAUGCCAACAAAAAAUAUAUAUAUUUUAGUUGAGUUGGAUGGGAGCUUUGAGUGGACAAGGGGGAUGUUUGCAGUUCCCCAGCUGGCCACAGGGGGUCACUGCAGCACAGGCAGUCACAGGGGUGGAGACUGGGCUACUUUCAUCCAGCAUCCCGCUAAGGACGUCGUAAGGGCUACUCUGUUGCACAGUUUAGGACCUUUGGUGAAACCUGAUUGUCACAAACAAAAAUGGAGAUCCAUAGUAUGCAAGUAUGCAGGAUGCAGUAUUCUACAUAGAAGCCCUUAAUCUUACAUAUAUCCCCUCAAUCGUACAUGAACUCACACGCCUUGGUCGUACAACUGAAUGCAUUUUGAAAUAUGUUUUCGAUGUCUGGAUGAUGAAUAUGCAAAACAAACUGACGUAUGAAAAACAUUUUUUUAAGGUAUAAAUUUGGCCUGAUUUACUUCAGUGUAUAAUAGUGUAAAUAGUGCUAUAGACAGAAGGCAAACGCUCUACAAAGGGAAAUGAGCCUGAAUUAAAUGAUGUUUGUUUUUUUCACAGAAAAGAUCUCCCUGUAGUUUACAUGAGUACUGUUCGCCUUUUAAAGGAAAAUCUUAAAAUGUCUCUCAGUAAUUGUCUGGGAUAUGAAAGCCCACGGUUUAAUUGAAAUAAUUCUAAUUUAUUCCUGUGUACAUUCAUGUAAUUUGUACAGCUUUUGUGAGAAAUUUUUAACCUGAUUGUCAGUGUUACACAGUGAUACCUCUCUGAACCUCAGCUGAGUGAGAAUGAUUGUACUUCAGCAGUGGUAUUUAUGUAUUUUAUUUAAGGGAUUGGUGAUGUAAGCGGAUGUUGGUUCAGGUAGGGUGGAUGGUUUCUGUGUAUGUUGUCUGAGUCAGCGGAAAUAAAAGCUAAUGGAUACAGACCCCCCCCCCCCCACAA